AAACAGUAGCUGCGAUUUUCGGCUUUUGAGUCUCUCUCUCUCUCUCUAACGGAAGGGAAGGGAAGAAAAGAAAGUGAGAGAAAGAAAAGAAAAUGCCGAAAAAAGCUUUUCCCUUUUACCAAACAAAGGGAAAACCAAAGUUAAAGUAGGAAUUUUUAUUUGGAUUCCACAGCCUUUGAUCUCGGUCUCCUCUUUCUCGCCUCGUUUGUCUUUGAUUUGGGUCCGGCAAAUUCAAGCUUCAAGUGAGCUGGGUCUCUUCCCAUUUUCUCUACCUCCCUUUGUUUCUUUCGUUACGGUAUUUUGGCAUUUUAUUGGAGAAUUGAGUGGACUCUUGUGGAUUUCGUCACCUUUCUGGUAGAGAUCCUACGUAACCAUUUUAUGGAGUUUGGUCUUUUUCUAGUUUUAGUCCUUUGUUUACUAUACUAUAUAUAGAGAGUAAUAAUAUUUGUUGUGACAAAUAUAUAUAGUUUCCCAUACCCCAGUUGUUCAUUUCUGAAUUUGAAUUAACGGGAAAUUUUGGAAGAUUCUGCCUUUUUGUCUGCGUGUGAGAAUAAAGCUUAAUUCUUUUAUUGAUUUUGGGAAAUUUUGGUGAGUGCCCAUAUGGAUGUUGUGUGUUUUGUAAUUUUUUCAUUUUUGUUUCUGUAGAAAUUGUGUUUCUGGAUGGAGAAAUUUUGUUAUCUUUAGAGUUGUGGAAUUGAGAUCAUUUAUAGUCCCAGAUUUUUUUUUUUUUUUUGGUUUUUGUGUAUGUUUGAGUUUUGGAAGAGAGAAACCUAAGAGAGGCUGUUGUGGAGAUCUGGGAGUUGUUUCAUCUGUUAUGCCCUAUGAGGACUUUCUUUCCCUCUGAGUCUUGUAAAGAUACACAGCUCAGUGCUUUAAAUCCACAGUCAUGGCUACAAGUUGAAAGAGGAAAGCUUUUUAAAGCUUCAUCAAACUCCUCUUCUUCUUCUCCUUCCUCCUCAUCUAUAGAAUCUCUUAUCAAGGUCCCUGAGCCUGCCAUACUUCCAUUUUUUAAACCUGUUGAUUAUGUAGAGGUUUUAGCGCAAAUUCAUGAAGAACUUGAUUCGUGUCCUCCACAAGAACGGUCGAAUCUGUAUUUGUUACAAUUCCAGGUCUUUAGAGGCCUUGGAGAAGUCAAACUGAUGCGGAGGAGCCUCCGUGCUGCUUGGCAGAAGUCGAGUACCGUUCAUGAAAGGCUUGUUUUCGGAGCGUGGUUAAAGUAUGAGAAGCAAGGUGAAGAGCUUAUAUCCGACUUGCUUGCAGCCUGUGGUAAAUGUGCACUAGAGUAUGGACCGAUAGAUGUUGCCUCUGAGCUUCCUCUCACUCUAAACUCGAGUUCCUUUGAGACGAUGUCUAUGAUUGGGAACCAAAUUUUGACAAAUGUUGUUUUUAGAAUUGGAGGUGAGAAAAUAGUUUGUGAUAGGAAGAAAAUAUCAAGCCUUUCAGCUCCAUUUCAUGCCAUGCUCAAUGGAUGUUUCACGGAAUCACUCUGUGAGGACAUAGAUUUGUCUGAAAACAAUAUCUCUGCAUCAGGUAUGAGAGCAAUCAAUGAAUUCUCUAUGACAGGUGAUUUAAGUGAAGCCUCUCCAGAUCUUUUGUUGGAAAUAUUGGUUUUUGCAAAUAAGUUUUGUUGCGAAAGGCUGAAAGAUGCUUGUGAUAGGAGACUUGCAUCUUUGGUCUCGUCUAGAGAUGAUGCUGUGGAACUUUUGGAAUAUGCUCUUGAGGAGAACUGUCGCAUCCUUGCUGCAUCGUGUUUGCAAGUUUUCUUAAAUGAUCUUCCAAACUGUUUAAAUGACAAUAGAGUGGUGGAAAUAUUCAGGCAUGCUGAUAGACAACAAAGAUUAAUAAUGGUUGGGCCAGCGUCAUUUUCGCUCUACUGUUUGUUAAGUGAAGUUGCGAUAAACCUUGAUCCUCGUUCAGAUACAACAGCUUGUUUCCUGGAACGGCUGGUAGAACUUGCGGAAAAUGACCGGCAGAAAAUGCUGGCUUUCCAUCAGUUGGGAUGUGUGAGGCUCUUGAGAAGAGAGUAUGAUAAAGCAGAACAUCUUUUCGAGAAAGCUUUAAACGCAGGCCACAUUUACUCUGUUGCAGGUUUAGCUAGGUUAGCUAACAUUAAGGGUCAAAAUCUUUGGGGAUACGAGAAGCUCAGCUCUGUAAUUUCCUCAAUACCCCCACUCGGAUGGAUGUAUCAAGAGAGGUCGUUAUACUGUGAAGGUGACAAGAGGUGGGAAGAUCUUGAGAAAGCUACUGAAUUGGACCCAACUCUUACUUACCCUUACAUGUAUCGCGCUGCUUCCUUAAUGCGAAAAGAAAACGUUCAAGCUGCACUUGAAGAGAUUAAUCGGAUUCUUGGAUUUAAACUAGCACUCGAAUGCUUGGAGCUACGAUUUUGCUUUUAUCUUGCUCUUGAGGAUUACCAAUCAGCUAUUUGUGAUGUCCAAGCAAUUCUCACUCUCUCUCCAGAGUAUAGGAUGUUUGAGGGACGGGUGGCAGCAUCCCAACUCCGAACUCUUGUGUGUGAGCAUGUUGAGAAUUGGACAACUGCAGAUUGCUGGCUGCAACUAUAUGAUCGGUGGUCAUCUGUGGAUGAUAUUGGAUCUCUCUCUGUCAUCUAUCAGAUGCUUGAAUCUGAUGCAGCAAAAGGUGUUCUGUAUUUUAGACAGUCAUUGCUUCUCCUCAGGUUAAACUGUCCUGAAGCAGCCAUGCGGAGUCUACAAUUAGCUCGCCAACAUGCGUCCAGUGAUCAUGAACGGCUGGUCUACGAAGGCUGGAUCUUAUAUGACACUGGUCAUUGCGAGGAAGGAUUACGAAAAGCCGAGGAGUCUAUUGAAAUCAAGAGAUCGUUUGAGGCCUUCUUCUUAAAAGCUUAUGCACUGGCCGAUUCUAGUCAAGAUCCAUCUUGUUCGUCAACUGUUAUUUCUUUGCUUGAAGAUGCCUUGAAGUGCCCCUCAGACAGGCUGCGUAAAGGUCAGGCGCUGAACAAUCUUGGUAGUGUUUAUGUUGACUGUGGGGAGUUAGACCAGGCAGCAGAUUGCUACAUCAAUGCUCUCAAAAUCCGGCAUACCCGAGCUCAUCAGGGCCUUGCUCGGGUACAUUUUCUCAGAAAUGAUAAGGCUGCGGCUUACGAUGAAAUGACUAAACUGAUUGAGAAGGCUCAGAACAAUGCUUCUGCCUAUGAGAAGAGAUCUGAAUACUGUGAUCGGGAACUCACGAAGGCAGACCUGGAGAUGGUUACCCAAUUAGAUCCACUUCGGGUUUACCCUUACAGAUACCGCGCUGCAGUGUUAAUGGACAACCACAAGGAAACAGAAGCGAUUGCAGAGCUGUCAAGGGCAAUAGCAUUCAAAGCAGAUCUUCAUCUUCUACACUUGCGGGCCGCAUUCCAUGAGCACGUUGGGGAUGUGUUGGCUGCUUUGCGAGACUGUCGAGCUGCCCUCUCCGUCGACCCCAAUCAUCAAGAAAUGCUGGAACUUCACAGCCGGGUAAACAGCCAUGAGCCUUGAAUGUGGGAAAAUGAAAAAAACAAAACAAAAAGGAAAUUGUGUCACCACCAUGUAUACUAGAAUGUGCAUGUAACGUCUCAUGUCAUAUCUAUUUUGUUUUAUGGGCUCCAAGUUUUGGUCCAAGAGUUAUUGGUAAUAUAAUUUAAUGUCCAUCCAUUCUCUCAGUUCUAGAUUUCAUAAGACGCUGUACAUUUUUUCUGGCUAAAUAUGAAGCUGCUACAGAUACGAGAGUAUUAAAAUUUACAUCCACUGACUAUAGAAAUUAGAUUGCAUCGUCAAGUUCCCAUUUGCGUAGUAGAGAGAGUCACCCGCGUGCGCGAGGGAACAGCUGGGUCCCACGCGGAAGAAGAGAGAGCUGGGCUUACACGCACGUGGAGAGAACUCGCGAUCUGGGGCCUGGCGUGCACGAAACGCACGUGAAAGUGUGGGGAAAUCACGGGGGACGGCCGCAGAAGAUGCCACGUGGCGCGGCUUGGUGGAGUGGCUUGAACGGCUAGGCUUGUUGAUGGGCCAAUUUAUUUCUCUCCGCGAAUCUGUGUGCGCCAUGUGUACCAGUUGUUGCACUCAAUUUUUCCGGUUUUAAACAUUUCUGAUGGUUCUUUCUCCACCAUUAUCAGCUUUUAUUCUCAAAAUAAAGCCUUGUAAAUCCAAUUUAAGUGGAUUAGAAUGUUCUCUCUUUGUUUUUAUUUCUCCUUUGCUGAAUGUUUUUUCUUAUGCCCUAA